CCUUGCGUAAAAUCGGACGUGAGCGUAAAACUUCAAAAAGUAACAACAACAAAAACAACACGUAGAACUGAGAAUAUGUGUUUCUAGUCAACAUGGCAGCCCCACAGAGCAUUGCUGAGAAGGUCCUCAGCUCCUCUGAGCAUAUGGACAGUUUUCGGAGGUCACUGGACAAACUUCUGAGUCUUUCCACAGAGGAUGGGACUGAAACAGAAAUGCUGCGGUCCAGGAUAAAUGAACAGUCAAGUAUGAUCUGCAUCCUGAAACAGAGAGCAGAUGAGCUGACACUCCAAUGCCAAGCCCUGCAGAAAAUCAACACAGAGAAGGGGGGCGGAGUAACAGACCACCAGAGAGAGCUGGACAGUGAACGAAAGAAAGCAGAGCUAAUGGAGAGGAGGUUUAAUGAUUUAGCUGCCAACAAUCAAGCAAUUAUUGUCUUUAUGGAUGAGCACAAAAGUCAGAAUGCCCAGUUGAAGAUGGAAAACAAACGGCUGCAGUCAGAAAAUGACACACUUUUCUCCCAAAAAUUGCAAGAUAAAGAAGUGUUGGUACAAAAACUGAUGCAAGAAAUCCAACGGCUGACAAAGGAUUACACAAAUAAAGAAAGGGACUAUCAGAAGAAUUUAACUGAAUGUCAAUCAAAACUCCUGGAAGAAGCGACUCAACAUAAAGCCAAAGAAGCAUUGCUACUUGAUCAACUGCACGACACUGAGCAACAGCAAAGAGAAGCUGUAGAAAUGUGCCAAGAGCUGAAGCUGAAGCUACAAACAGAUGAAGAAAAGUGCACUGCGCAGGAGAUCAACAUGAAGAAAAGAACAACACGUCUUAUGAAAGAGAAGGAAGAACUGCUGUCUCUGUCCAUGGAGAGAGGGAGAGUUAUACAGGAGAAACAAGAUGAAAUCCAGCAGCUGGAGAGAAAAUGGAAAAAGGAGAAGAAAUCCAGAACGGAAGCAGAAGACAAGUUUGAGCAGGACGCAGAGACUGUGAACGCAGACGUCAAAGUGCAGUCGCUCAAGUGUGCUCUCAAUGACUCCGCAACAAAGUACCAGAGGCUUCAAAAGGAUUUCGAUGCCUUCAGAGAACACAGCGCCAGCCUCCUGACACAGGAGAGGGAGCUGAAUAAGAAACUUCGCCACAUGAUAGGCUAAAUUUUAAGAGAGAAACACCGGCUCAUUAAGAAAAGUCAAUGAAAAUGACAAGUUGACUCACAUUGAUUAAGAGUAGCGUGAAUAUUAUUGUCUAGAAGAGUGUCAAGCUUGUUUUCUCUUUUUGAUGUACAUUUAAAUUUAUGUUUUGUUACUAUAUAGUGUCAACCUGAAAAAAAAUAAACUCUGAAUACCUCUGAAAAAUAAAACUGGAAAUUCUACAAUCAACAUAAAAAUUGUG